AAAUAUUUGAUGUAAUUAGUAUUUCUGGACUGUCUCUAUAGAUACAGUGGGUUCGACUUAUAGUCUAUCAUACCCAGGACUACAGUUCCCUUGAUGUCUAACCACAUAAAUUUUUCAAAGAGACAAACCGUUUCAUAUGCAGUGGACGUGUAAGUACUGCACAUUUUGUGCUGAAAAGAGGGGCUAUUUACUUAAGCAUUACCGCUUAAAACAUGGGUGCCACACUCGAAUAUCACCACUACCAUGCCUUCAUAAGGAAUGCCUGUGCACAUUUAAAUCUUUCAAUGCACUCAAAGUCCAUUUAUCAACAUGGCACACUCAAAAGGACCUAGGGAACAUGGGUGAAACUGCUUUCCAUUGUCAGCUGUGUGACUUCGUGGAGCCUUGCACUGAAGCUGACUUUUUUACCCAUUUACGAAGACAUUUGAAGCUGAAGCAAAAGGUUUCUUGUCCAUAUCAAGGCUGUAACUUUCAGAGCAAUGUUUAUUCAACUUUUAAUGCACAUAAAAGCAAAGAACAUCAAGACCACAAUAAGAUGGCAUUCAAACCUGAAAUUGUGUCACAUAAUGAACUUGAGGAACCUUCACCUCAUAUAAAUAUUCAACCCGAGGAUAGUGCCCCUGAAACUGAUGAGGUUGAGUUUGAGGUUACUGAGCUCAGUGAAGAUGUGGAGAACUUGGAGAGUCAGUUGGAACAUAAUGUAGCUGCUCUUUUUCUGAAAAUGUCAUCAAUUCUUAACAUCUCUGAAAAUGCCCUGCAAGAAGUUAUAAAGCAGAUCAACCAAAUUUAUGUGCUUUCACAGCCAUUGUUACAUACAUCUGUUGGAAAAAUACUAAAUCAACAUUGUGGAGAUGUUGAGGACUCUUUAGUUAGUGAGAUGGCUAAAGUAUUUACUGAGAAUAAUUUAUUCCUGAAAUUCACUUCUACUGGGGGGUCAUUGUCAACCACUAGCAAGCGAACAUCAUACAUUUCAAAAGAAUUCUCAGUGGUAACGCCUGUUGAGUUUGUCCUAAAAAAUGACAGGCAGACAAUUGUGUAUAUCCCCAUACUAAAAUGCUGCAGACAUUACUAAACAAUGGAGACAUUUUA